AUGCAGGUCGUCAUCGCACUGACUGCCAACAAAGCCGAUCUGUCCGAGUUCAGACAAGUCUCCACCGAGGAAGGUCAGGCAUACGCGGCUGCACAGGACCUUCUGUUCUUCGAAACGUCGGCCAAGAACGCAUUCAACGUGAACGAAGUUUUCCUCGAGCUGGCGCGUGUGAUUCCGACGAGGAUGGACCGAGAUCUGGAGACGCAGUCGGCCGAACUCAAGGCCAAGCCGCUCAACCUCAACCAGCCCACGCCCCAGCCUCAGGAGGGCGGCUGCUACUGCUAA